AUCACGUUGCCUAUAACAACAACAACAACGAACAACCAAACCAAAAUGGCGGCUCAGAUUUGAAAACAGUUUAGAAAAAAACAAACUUUGUAAGAAAAAGGGUGUUACGAUGGCUCAUAGCGAACUUUCCGCUUCGAGAAUGGUUCCCGAAGGGAAGGUUUAUCGACAAGUUUUCGACGCAGAGGUUAGCCUUGUUAGAGCCCUUGAGCAAGAACGGCACCCACCCAAGCCUAAGUCUCCACUUCUACCCCUUGUCAAAGACUCAAAGCUUGUCACACAUGGCCUCCUAUCAAGCCGUCAAAAGUCUUGGGCUCAUGGCAUGCCAAACGAAUCAUACAUUGAGAACCCAGUCUAUUAUAAGUAUGCUGCUUUAGAGGCCAUAGAAAGAGAUUCCAAACCAGAGAACUAUUUUGCUGCACAGGAAGUUCGAGGUCUUUCAGACUUUCCGAGACAAACAAAAUCAAAAUCCAACAUCAUCGAGAAGAUACAGGUCAGCAGAAAGGAGAGACACGAGUCCAUCUUGGAGGAUAUGUAUCAGGAAUUUGCCGUUAUCAAUGCAGAACUAGAGCCACGUAUCAUUGAAGCAAGUGAGAGCCUAAAGGAAUCCCUUCUUGAGAAUGACAAAGAGAUUGAAAGAUUGGUGAACACUAUUGCUGAUGAUCAGGACCUGAUAAAUUAUGAGCUGCCAGACCUUCACUCUCUGUGGGAAAAGAUUGCUGAGCAUUCAGUGCAAAGGCAGAACUGGAUCAGGGAUCUAUGGGACAGGCUGCAGCAAUGUGAAGUAGAUCGCUCUACUCUUAUCCGUGAAGCACUCAAAAGUUAUGACAAGCAGCUUGAGCGGACUGCCCACCUGAUGCCUCCAGAUGUCCAUCGUUUACUGGAAAAAGAAGCUCUUCACAUCAACUCCACGAUAUGUACCAAUAGAAGAGCGUAUGCUGACCUUAUCGGGCACCUUCUAAGUGCCGAUGUUGAGAGAGAGCGUAACUACUAUACCCUGUGGCAAUCACGUGUUGAAGACUGGAGACAACUCAAGUGUCAGGCUGCAAUAACCAAGUUUAUUGAGUUUAUGGAUAGUCCGCCCAUCAAGGAUCCACCAGGCGUGAGAAGAAAGAUAGAGGAGUUCACGAUUGAACAGAGAGCUGUCAACAAGAGAAGACUGGACCUGUUAGACACACUCAGAAAAAUGAAGCCGCCAAAUUCCACCAAGUCUGCUGUGUAUGAAUGGCACGACACACUCAUACGAUUAUGCAAAGAACUUGAGGAGCUCUCGAUGAAGUACAGGGAUAUUAUUCAAGCAGAGUAUGAUAAUGUCAUAGAGCAGUGUACUGAUGAAGUCAACCGCGUUAAGGAACAGUUUCUGAGUGAUGGGGUUCUAGAAGAAGCCAGGCUAGAUGUGAUCCUAAACGAGUCACUUCUUCCUCUCGUUGGCGAGAAACAGACCAAGUACGAGUAUGAAGUGGACAAGAUGGAGCGUUCACUAGAAAACCUUACAAGUUUCCAGGAAAUGAUGGUCAAGUCAUUGUUCAAGUUCGUCCAGGGAGCCGCUCACUUGUGGGAUCUCCACGAGAUUGGCCUAGCCCGCAAAGAGCGUGCCCUACAGGAACAAUUGGAAAAGAAUCGUCAGGACCACGAUGGUGCCAAUCAGGUGAAGGAAGCCAACUUGGACAUCAUCAUGGACAAGAUGAGACAGGACUCCUCAGAGACGGCGUUAAAGGCUAGCUUGAGCGAGGCGCUUACACUUCUUAAUCAAAUAAAACAAAUGUAUAACGAGUUUCACGGUGUGCAAGUGCAGACGGCGUGCGUGUACCCAGAGAUGGUACAGGAAGAGCUGCAUUACUAUGACAACGAAGUGUGCAAAUACUUCCAGGUCAACAGAAAAGUCCCCAACAAGUCUGCCACAGGGAAAGCGCUGUCCGCUUCGAAAAAAUCUCAGAGAACACAGCCUCAGUCUCUUGACGACAUCCUCACUACAUCAAACGGAACUUCAUUCUACAUCUUGAAGGAGCCCGGUGAACACGGCCUACCCGAGACCCCAGAAAGUAUAAGAAGCAUGAAAACGUGUAUGACGUUUCUGACGGAGAAUUCAGAAUCUGAAGAUGUAUCUUCGCCGUAUCUGGAGUCUAUAGCCAUCAGGGAGGAGCUCUUUGUGGAGCUAAGAAAACAUGUGCGUAUGGAGUUCCUGGAGCACCUUGAGAAGUGGGAGGAGCAGGCAAUGGAGCGCGCCAACAGCGUGGUCUCUGCCAAGAUGGAGGAGCUAAACAGCGAGUUGGACUUAAGGCUGCAUUUACACGAGCCCCGCUCAUCUCGUGCAGAGCAAGACGUCCAUAGUGUCAGGGCUGCUGAGUUGAUAAUGCAUCGUGAACGGGUAGAGAAGCACUGCAAGGGCGUGACCACCACGCUGAAUGAAUUCAAGGCGAGAUUUCAACAGAUGGUCGAAGAACACGACAAAGAGACGGAGGUAUUUAAGCAGUCAGUUCAAGAACUUGAAGCAACAUUUGUAUCUGCGACCAAGACGCACGAAUUGUUAGCAAUCCAAGACCAAGUUGCUGGACGCGUGGAACAGUAUAUGGACGUGAUCCGGUUCUCGAUCAGGAAGUUCCGCCAUGAUCUAGAUGAGAUCCUUAGCACUCUGCGCAACUCUAACGCACGAUUCCGCAAGACAUUCAAAGUGUUCUCUGAUGGCGGAAAUUUCUCUACGGAGGAAAUCGAAGAGUACCGCAAGAAACUGGAGCGAAUGGCGGGAAAGAUUGACUCGGCAGAAGGGUCAUUCAUGGCUGAAUUGGAAGGAAUGGAGACAAAACGAUUAGAAGCCGCUACAGAAUAUGCCGGCAAGCUGGAGGAUAGAUUCAAGCACCAUUUGUUCGACCUGACAUACAUGGAGAAAAUAACGCGAUGGCUGACUAACACUCAAGUGAAAGUAAAAAGCCAGGUUGCUUUCAGUAAUUCUCAGGCAAAGAAGCUAGCGAUUUAUUUAGCGACUUUCGAGCGACAUUUGGAUGCGGUCGAAAGACCGAAUCUCGACAAAGAGCAAGUGACUGCUCGCGAGGUUCAAGCUAGCCUCAUCCCAAUCCUUCAGUCAUUCCACGAGCGUAGUUUAUUUCUAAACGCGCUCCUUAACCCUGCAACGCCAAGCCUAAGCGUGCUGAAGGCUGGAAUGAAAGUGACCUUUGACGACAAGAAGAAAGAGGACGACUCGAAGAAACAGAAAAAGACGGAUUUAAAGGCUAGAAAAAGUAAGAAGAAAUUGAAAUCCGAGGCUGAUUCCAGCGAAGAUCUCACCAAACCAAAGACAAGUCCCGCUUCCUCUCGGGCGACAAAGGCGGCAGAAGAGGAUAGCCGACCUAAAACCGUGCCGGCUGAGCUUAAGAAUAACGGUCCCAAAAGAACGUCAUCGGACAUCGAGAAGCUGAAAAGCGCAGGUGCUCGUAAGUCUAGUGUCGGCACUAGGCGCGAUCAGGGCCCACGAUGCGACAAGAAGUUUUUGGUGUUCGGAGAAAAUCCCGAAGAGGACAGACAUUUUCUUGCGAAGAUCAAGAAUGUAUUACGUGAAGGCCUGGAAGGUCUUCUAGCAACAGCUGAGAUGUAUUAUAAACAGAAGGGGACCCAGCGUGCGCCAACUAGGCCCCAGGCCAUCCAGGACAACUUCGACGCCUGUGCUGAAAUACUUGUCCAGCGAUUGCAGUCGUACAAAACUCAGGCAGAUGAGUACCACAAUUCGUGUAUCCAGGAGUUACGAGGUCAACUGCAGAGGUUUGGGGUUCUUCUCGUGAGGUUACCUGUGCUUGUGAUGAACGUAGUGGUGGAAGAACACGUGACUGAGCUGAACAGACAGAGAGAAGAGAAGGACACGAGUCAUCAGCAACGCGUAAAAGAGCUCGAGCGAAGAAAGCAACAUCACCAGUCUCAAUUACGUCCCACGCUGGGCCAUCCCCAGAAUCGACAAGAGCUCGACACACUGUGUGGAAGUGAGACACGUAGGAAAACGGAAUCGAUAGAUGGCAUCCAGGAACAUUCAAGUGCGCUACUGCAAAGCGAAGUUGAAUUUGGUGGUACUCUGGUACAGAAUCUCGCACAGACUUGUGAGACGAUGUUGUUGCAGUUUGACGCUGUUCUUACUCUUGAAGAUGUAGAGGUUGGAAAGGUUGAACCGACGCCAAAAAGCAGUAAAAGAUUACUGCGUGAAAAACUCGCUGGUAGCGAGGAAAACCGGGAUAAGCUGUCGGAGUUCCCGAUGGGCAGUGCGACCUGGGAAGGUCUCCCUACUAACGCCUUGUGUGCUGAAGGUCCAGACGAGACUCCAAUCAGAUCUCCAUCUGUCAAGACUGUCAAAACUACCGCUGCCCAUAUCGCUGUCAUCAAGGCCAGGGAUAAUGCCUUUGAGAACUACAAGACCAAGUUCUACUCUCGCUUAGAAGAAAUAAAAAAUUCCACGAGUGCACAGCUUCAAGACGAAGAACGAUGGGACCAGAGUUGGCAACGUUCGAUCAAGAAGAUCAAGGACCUCUACUAAAGAACGUCUCGUCAAGAACAUUUAAUGCGGCGAUCGACCGGACCUCGGCUAUUGGACGCAGGUGUAAACGCUCGUGAUAAUCAUAGUCUUGCAUUUUACUCGUUGGGUUUCCUAUGCUAACAGAUAAUAGCGACAAUUUGUAGGCUAUUAAAAUACAUGAAAAAUUGUAAAUAUGUUUGAAUAAAAUAUUUGGUUUUAUAGUG